AUUUUUGGAAUAUAAGGGUCUUCCAGUACUUGGAAGCGCGUGACUCAUUAUUAAUUCGUUGAAAUAUGUAUCAUUACUUGUAUAAAUCAAAAUGUCUAGCAACAGUUCAUCAGAGCGCGUUCAUUUCUGGUUCUAAACGCUUAUCAAAAUCAAAGUCCUUGUUUUAGAAAAUGGGAAUUAUAGACGAUUGUUUGGCAGCAUAUCACGCGACAUGUCCAUGUCUCCAUCAAAGCAUGUCUUUUAGAAGAUUUACCCGCAUUGGACUUGGAUUUCUGCUGCUUCUCACAGUACCUUUGCAGAGUGCAGGGAUGUUUACAUCGCACUGGGUAUACAACGAAACAUGUUCAAACAUUGGUUUGGUUUAUACCGAAUGUGGCAAUUCAACUUCCGGAAGCGAAGCGCUGAACAAGACUGCCUUUGGAUUGCAAGUUGUGUCGUACAUAAUACUUCUGGCGACAGUGAUGUUCUUCAUCAGUAUGUGCUGCGCCUUCGAAAGACAAGACCAAAAGCAAGAAAAGGAUAAAAAUGCUAUCGCCAAGUUUUGUUUCCCAUGCUUUUUGCCGACUGCUUCCUUUUUCGCAGGACUUUUUAACUUCGUCAGCUGCAUGGUUGUUAAGAAUUUAUCGUUCGGUGAGUCUUAUGAGUUUGGGUACUCAUUUUACCUCUGCCUGACAACCGGUGUGGUCACGGCUUCAGUUUCCUUACUGUUCGUCAUAGGCUAUUUUGUUCACACCUACGCAAAAUCAUGUGUGUGUCGAUGUCAUGCGGAAGAACAGACGUGAGUGGGGUCCAUGGUGACGGAAAGGGAAAUCAGCAGAAAAUAUAACAUUCUUGCUAAAUACUUAUAAAAGUUCUUUUAGCAAAUUUAUUUUAUGAACAUUUUAAAUGUGGUCAAACGCAUUUAAACAUUUUUGUUUUCGCUUUAGAGUUAGACCCCUGUUAAAAUUUGGUGUUCGAUUGUUAAACAAAAUGGCGUAAUUAUCUUGAUUAAAACACCGAACAUUA